CAUGGCGGCACAAAAUGGCCACUUCCAUGUAAGGGGACCCUCAGAUUAAAAAUCCAGGACUAGGCCUUAUUUAUGUUAGGUCAUUUAAGAAGUUUUUACAAACUUUACAAACAUUGUUUUCAUUUUAUUAUGAUGAUGCUUCAUUGUAACACUGUGUGACAACUAACCCGGCUGUUUAAAAAUGUUUUCAAUCCCAGCUAUCAUUUACUAGGAGUUGCUGACAUGUUUGAAAAUGGAGCUAUGUUUUUGUCAUGUCAAAAUAUGUGUUCACGCAUGUGCUUUGAAGGGGUUUAUGAUAAAAGAGUUUACUGUUAAAUUAGUGUGAAUGUGAGCGUCUCUUUUAUCAUAAACCCCUUUGACGCAUGUGCAGCAGGCAUAUUGAAUUUGGGCCCCUCGAAGAGAAGUCACCUGAUGCCACCGCCCUGCAUCAAACCAUAGAGAGAAGCAGUGGAGACAGACUCUGCAUUACACCAACCGGUCAUUUCACACCCUGACACCAGUAAAUCUCAAUCAGUAUAAAAGUCUCUUUGUAUGGUUUUGAGGUGGUAUGGUUACUGACUAACGCUCGGAGAUCAAACACUAAAAUACUUUACUGAUCAUCUUUAUUAACUCAGCACCUUCAUCAACAUGAAAACGAUCACUUUACUCUUCAUCGUCUCUUUAUUCAUUAAUGGUGUGUUUGGUGAUGAAGUGAAGUCAGUGUCAGUGAUGGAGGGAGAUUCUCUUACUCUAUACACUGAUAUUACUCAAAUACAGACAUUUGAUUUAUUAGAUUGGAGCUUUGGUGUUCAAGGGGAUCUCAUAGCUCAAAUAAACAGUGAGGCCAAUAAGAUCUCAAUAAAUGGUGAUGUUCUUAAUGGGAGAUUCAAAGACAUACUGCAGAUGAAUAAUCAGACUGGAGAUCUCACCAUCACAGACAUCACAACUCAACACGAUGGCGAUUAUAAGCUAGAGUUUACCAGAGGGAUGACUACAAGAAAAACAUUCAGUGUUAGUGUAAUUGAUGUUGAUACAGAUGAAAUUAAGUCAGUGUCAGUGAUGGAGGGAGAUUAUGUUACUCUACACACUGAUGUUCUUGAUAAUAAGAAAUAUGAUGUGAUACAGUGGAGGUUUCAACAUGAAAACUCUCUUCUAGCUGAACUCAGCAGAAACACUGCUAUCUUAUCUACAUAUGAUGAUGUUCAUGAUGGGAGAUUCAAAGACAAACUGCAGCUGGAUGUUAAGACUGGAUCUCUUGACAUCAGAAACAUCAGAACCAAACACUCUGGACUUUAUGAAGUAGAUAUCAGCAGCACCACCAGCAGCACCAGUUAUACCAUACAUCAGUCAUUCACAGUUAAUGUCAGUGAUAAAGUGAUGACAGUUUCAGGGAUAAAGGGAGAUUGGGUCACUUUAAAGACUAAUACUGAAAUACAGAGCUAUGAACUGAUACAGUGGAUUUUUGCAUCUGAUUAUGAGUUUCGGAUAGCUGAAAUAUAUAAACCACACAAUCUCUACAAUACAUAUGAUGGAGAUGAUGGAAAAUUCAGAGACAGACUGAUGCUGGAUAAUCAGACUGGAGAUCUCACCAUCACAGACAUCAAAACUGAAGAUGCUGGACCUUAUCAACUGAAGAUGAGCAGCAGUAGACGAUCCAUUCAGAGGAGAUUCAAUGUUAAUGUCAGUGUUUUGUCUUCAUAUGUUAUAGCUGGAUUAUGUGCUGGUGUCCUGGUUAUUGUUGCUCUAACAGCUGCUGGUGGGUUUUACUAUCGCCACAGGUUCCCUAGAGCAACAAUACAAAGAAUGACGGACGGGCGUUUUGUCCUUCUAAGGGCUGAUGUUGAUAACAUAAAGACAAAUGAUGUGAUCGAGUGGAGGUUUAAACCUGGUCCCUUUCAAAAGACUGUCAUAGCUAAAAUCCAAAAUAAGAAGAUAGCCGGUGGAGGUGAUAAGAGAUUCAGCAGGAAUGUGCAGUUGAACAGCCAGACCGGAUCUCUUCUCAUCACAAACAUCACAACCAAUCACUCUGGACUUUAUGAAGUAAAAAUCACCAGUGGUGGAAAAACUUCAUACAAGAGAUUCAGAGUCACUGUAACUGAUUUCAACAUCAGAACAUUUUUGGCAGAGACAAACUGGCCUUUGUUUAAUAAAUGGAAACGACCAGAGUCAUUGUUACAGGAUGAACAUGACGAACACACAAGCAUCUUGUAGCUUACAUGAGCUUUGAAAAACUUAUGCCUGCUCAUAAAUUUACUUAUAUAUUGAAAUUGAAAAAACACUGAAGCAGUUUAAAAUCCAUCUGUAUGUGCUAUUGUUAGUCCUUUGAUUUGGCAUAAAUCUUUAAAACAUUUAGAUUAUAAAACAUUUAUAUAAAACAUUUAGAUUUCUUUCAAACUUGAACCCAAGUGCAGCUUUAUUUAUCAAAAAAAAAAACUAAACUUGACAUGAACAAAAAACAGAAUUACAUUGCAUGAACACUCAUCAAACAAAAGGACAUACAGCUAACCAAAGCUUGGCAAAGACAAUGGGAACAUGAGGGAUAUAUAUAUA